AUGGCCUCAGAGAACGAAAAGCUCCGUCCGGUGAUCGAAAUCAACGGCUCUAACCUUACCGGUAGUCCGAAGCCCGAUGACAAUGUCGCCGGUGAAAACUCCGCCUCGCAGCCGAUCUCUACCCACACCUCCUCGGUCGAUAGUUUCUUCGACAAACUCAGCAAGCUAAACGAGUCAUCUGGACUCAGUCUCCUCUUUAAUUUCCGGCAUGCAAGCUUGGACUUAUAUAUAUUCUACAAAGAAGUGACUCAAAGAGGAGGAUUUCAUCUGGUUUCUCAAGGUGGGAGAUGGAGUGAAGUUGCAUCGACCUUGAACUCAAAAAGCACUGUUUCAAUGUCACCAAUUCAACUCCAAAGGCUUUAUGCAAGCCUCCUUUUCCAGUUUGAGCAAAUAUACCAUUACCGAACUCCUGUAAAAGUAGCUGCUGCUUCAGGACAUCCUUCUGGUAUGGAAAGCGGCUCGAUAGAGAAGCGGAAGCAUUGCGACAGUUUUCACUUGUCGACAGUUCAUUGUGGUACUGAGGAUGGUCCAACUGCAAAAAAGAAGUGCAAUGACAAUUCUAACCAAUUGUCAACAGGGGCUAAGUCAGCAGAACAGAAGAAACCGGUCGUGCAGACAUCACCAAAAAAUAAGGAUGUGAAAAAAGACCCAAAGGCUCCAAUACGAGCAAGAACUGCAUAUCAGAUCUUCCUCAGGAAGGAAUGUGAGCGACUGAAAAAGGUCCAUGGGGAGAGCUCAGCAAACCGUAAUCUCCGAACCAUGGCAAUAGAUGCAUGGAGGAUUCUCCCCGAGAGUGAUCGGCAGCCAUAUCUUGAAGAAUUUAGAAAAGAUAAGGAAAGAUUCAAUCAGGAAAUGACUGCCUACAAGGAGCAACAAAAAAACGUGCCUAGCAAUUCAAAACCAAUCGAUGGUAACUCCAACGUGCUGCGACUGACAGAUGGUGAGUACCAUGUGACUUUGCAAUCUGCUCCUGGAAGCUUCUUCGUGCCAGACGAAUCUGUAUUGGAAAUAGCGAUGAGAUCUAUGAAGAAUGCACGACCAAACGACCCCAUAUUUCAGAUUAACUGGGAUGAGUACUGUGGAUCACUUGAUACACCCAGUUAAAAAAGAAUCAUCCUGUUCCCAGAGUUUUGGUUGCUGGUUUUGGUUUUGAAGCGUGUAGCAUCGUUGCUGCUGAGGAAAUAUGUGUACUUGGUGCUCUUCUUUGGAGGUAUGUUGUGUAUGUUUAACAUUUUAUCCUUGGAGUUUGUAUAGUUUAACUGUAUUGUGUAUAUACUGAAGACCUGAAUGCUUCUGUGGAAGGUGGUGUGGUGUUUAUGGGA